GGUCUGGAUAAAAACUAAUGUAAAUAAGUACAUCAUACCAGGGAAGUGGGAGGUUUCUCAGAUAAUACUGCAAAUGCUGGAAGAUUUGUCUAAUCCCAGCAUACUUACUUUUUACAGUCUUUGACUAAGCAUUGGCUUUAGGAGCCUUAUACCAUCUUCACACUGGCCACAAACCCCGCUACAGUACCGGGACUGUCCCGAGACUGUAGCGGUGUUGCCUUCGGUGUGAAUUCUCGUACCCGCAAUAAACUACCCCGGGAUAACCUCGCCUCACUCUAACUCUGCAACAAACUAUCAUUAGGCAAGCCAUUGUAAUAGUUGUGGUCUAGUGGUUAUGACUCUCGUCUUUCAAUCUGAAGGACGUGGGUUUGAUUCCCCGCCCUCAAGUAUUUCCAGUGUAUCAGAGUCGGGUCACAAGCCUACACAUGUUUUGUUACGGAGGUCAUAAAAAUCACCUGCUGCAGUGUGAAUGGAUACAUGAGAUUUAUCCCGGGACUGUGCCAGGAUAACUUUUCUAUCCUGAAUGCAUUUAUAGCGAGUUUAUAGCAUUGUCACCAUCCCUUGACAGCACCGGGAUAAAUUUGAAAACCAGUGCGAAGACGGUAUUAGAGAUGAUUCACUUCCAGACAUCAAUAUCAUUCCUAUUCUUGGGAAUUGAUUUGAGUCAUAUAAUUAUCUUGAAAUGAGUUCAAAUAUUUGUCCAUUUUAUUGCCAUCUGUUGGGUAAAUUUUAUUGUGCAUGUAGUUUCCCACUGGCAAGCUGACAGGCCCUUGAUAUUUAACAGUGCAAAGAUAUGUAUCAUUAAAAUUUGAAUCAAGACCUCUUUCUCAGGUCUAUAAUCUAUCCAAAACCAGAUCCUAGUAUAUUAGAAAUAUGGCUUCAAAGAUUGAUAUAGAUCCUAGGAUUGUUGCUCUUUUGCAUUUAGAAUUGAUUAUUACUAUUUAGUGAAAACCCCCUCAGGAAAAGGUGUUGUGGGGAAUCGUCAGGAAGAAGGCAGUAAUCAGUUACCAUGUUCAUUUCUUUUCUUUUAAUAUAAAUGUUUCUUUAUCUUUCUGUUCUUUUCAGGAGCUUCUAUGGUUAUUGUAUGACAUGGGUCAUCUGAAAAAAUAUCCUCUUGCUUUGAGCAAUCUUGGUGACCUUGAAAGCAUUGACCCCAGUCCUGAUCGACCCACGACCCUUGAACUGUUUGAGGAGGCCAUUCAAUCUGGUAAAGAGUUCUAUUCUGACCAUCAUGUCUAUCCCUACACAUAUCUAGGAGGUCAUCUCUAUCGGCAGAAGCAGUACAAGAGAGCGAUGCAAUACUGGGCAGAAGGAGCAAAAGUCCUCAGCCAGUACAACUACCAACGCGAAGAUGAGGAGGUGUACAAGGAAUUCAUGGAAGUGGCCAAUGAACUAAUCCCCACUAUCCUGAAGGAAGCUACUGUUUACCAUUCCAGAGAUGCUAGGCACAUCCCAAAAGACCCUGAAUGCUAUGGCUUCUACCUACGUCUCUAUGACAACAUCUGUAAGUGGGAAGAAGGCAGUUCCACCCCCGUCUUGCACAUCACGUGGGCGAAGCACUUUGUAGCCUCGGUAACCAAGUUUGAUAGCAGCAUUAGGGAUCGGUUAGAUGUAAGGUUAAUUGAUGCUGAUGGAAAGGAAGAAGUGGAAGAGAAUGAGGAGGAGGAUGAGGGAGAGGAUAAAGAGGAGGAAGGAGAAGGAGAGGCUGGUGAAGCGAAGAAAACGGGGAAGGAAAAGGAAGAGGAUAUCAACAAGAAUGUGGUCUCUGCACCUGAUGAAGCAGAUGGUUGUGGAAAGAAAGGUAAGACGGAGAAUGAGGGUGAACGCAAUGAGGAUAACAUUCAUCCAGAACUCUUCUCUGAUCCUUUCACUGGCGUAGGGUCACUUUGGGACACCAAGACGGAAUUCAGUGACUUUCUGAGCACUCGUUCGAAUGGCAGUGCCUUCCCGGGCAUGACCCUGGAAUCUCUCAUGAAAGCCGAGAGUCCUGCAGAAAUGGCAUUCCACAGGCGUCUCAAGUCGCAGCUUUCACAAGAUGUUACUGGUGCACAAGGACAGAGUGAAAGUAAACAAGUUAAUGAUGCAGGGUGUGUUGAUGAGGAUGAUGACACCAAAGAUGAUCUUGAGGACAGCAUCAACCUGCCACCGCAACCUGUACCCAAGAUCCUCUUGAGGAGUGCAAAGAUGAAAGGCCUGCGUGGUAUCCUCACCUCUACAGGUAAACUAAACACUGCAGCAAUCCACCUUCAGCUGACGGCCCAAUCGCAGGUCCAGGUCGGCAAGAGAAUUCGAUCCACUAACGAUUAUGAGGAUUAUGGCACCUUGAGACGAAGACCACGCAGGGAAUAAGGACUGAAUUCCAUUGAUAAACUUUGCCAGUAAUGUCAAGGAUUCCUUUUUCUUGGCAAUAAAAUAAGUCAAUAUUUCAUUGUUUGAUGUAUGAAUGUCAACAAACAGAUUUUGUUUAUUUCUUUGAAGAGUACCUGAAGUGGUGGAAUAGUGCCAUGCAUAAAAAUAUAUUUUGUUUUUUGUCAUUGAAGAAAAGCAUUUAGUCUUAAGAAUGAAAUCGUAACUUAAAUUUUAGUUGCCAAUUAAUGUUUACAUUGUCAUUUAUCAAGUUGUAUAAAGAGAGCAUAUCUUAUCUCAAUCUAAAUUUGUCUUCAGUCUGAAAGGUCACAAUUUUCUUUGAGAUUUAUCUUACAUAAUAAUAAUCAACUUUCUGAACAUUAUUUUUGUAAUGUAAUCGAAUUAAAAACAUAUCACUUAGACUUUUAAGCUUCUUACCAACAUUUCCACAUUCUAUGAAAUAACAGAAGUGUUUACUGCAGAGACAAUCUUCAGAUAAAUUGAUUUGGCGAAAAAAAAAACCCUGUAAAAUUUAGGUUGUUCCUUGUGCAUUUUCAAUAUUAAAAGUGCACUUUGUGAACUCUGUUCUUGACUCUGCAAUAUGUACGUAUUUUAUGUGCAUUUAUCAUAGAUUUUCUUGUAUAUUUUAAUGAAAACAAGACAGUACACAGGUGCGGAGUGCAAUUGUGCCCUUCUUUUUAUGUUUCAUAAGCAUGCUUUAUGUGAUCAGUUGGUCAGAUUUUUAUAUUUAUUGUAUGGAAAUACAAAUUGUAUUUAUGUCUUUUGAAAUUUAUUGUAUUUGCUUGAAUAUGUACAUUUUCCUUACAAGUAAUGAACAGAACUUCCCUGUGACAUUAAUCCAGUUGUACAUACUGUAUAGCACCAAAAAAGUGUUGCUUUAAAAGUGUAAACUCUUCUUGUUGGAGUGCUUUAUCUUUGUAGAUAUGAAGUUGUCUGUUUUCUUCUGAUUAUUGAGAAGAUGGUCAAUGCUUAUCUAAUGAUUUCAUGUAUCAUUAAAGGGAAUUCACCCUGAUAAUAAGUUAGUUUUGAUGAAAGCAGAAAAUUAGAGAAAAAUAUUGAUCGAAGGUUUAAAGAAAAUCCAUAAAUAAAUAAGUUAUGAAAUUUUAUUAUUUUGAGAAAUAAUGUGACCUCACAGACGAUAUUGUUGUGCGUUAUAAAUUCUCCAUUGCCAUUUUCCCAAAACAUUUGAUAAUGGUUUUAUACAUGUAUGUGUGUUGAAUAUAUCAUCAGACGCACAAUAUCAAUUCAUACCCCAUUCUAUAAGAAAAAUAUAUUCGUAUUUAUCAUAUUACAUAUAAAAAAUGAAUUUAUGGAAUAUAUAUAGAACAUGAUAUAUGGGAAAGCUGCUUGCAUAUCAUGUAACAUAUUUAAAAAUUUUAGAAUUUCUAACUUUCUUAUUUUUUGAUAGGUUUUCCAGAAACUCAAUAUUUCUAUUUAAUUUUUCUGCUUUUAUCCUAACCAAGUUAUCAUCAGGGUGAACCUCCCUUUUAGAAUGUUAUCUAAAUGUUGUAUUAAUAAAUUGUUUCUUGAGAAGAGCUUUCUCCUCCAAAACCUCUCUCUUGUCAUGACCAAAUUAUAAUACUUUUUGCAUGCCUGGAUGAAUUGAUAACUUCUUGACAUUUUGUAUUUUCUUUUUUUCAAAUAUAUUUUUUGUCCAUUCAUAGUUGACAUUUCACUGAAAAUCUUUUAAAUGAACAGCAGUUUUUAUUCAAAUUGUUACCAAAGAAUAAAUAUGACAUUCUUCAUGUUUUUGCUAUGUAUUAUGCACUUGCCAAACGUUUGGAAUGUAUUUGGUCCUCUCGUUAAGCUGUUGAUGUAUCAUAUUGAUGUAAAGUGUAAUUGAAUUUGAAUUGUUAAUAUUGUUUAUAAAAAAUUGUGUAGAUUCAUCGACCGAAUACUCUGUCAUUUUAUUGUUCGAUGCUUGUAUAGUUAAUAAUGUCUUUCUGUCAGUAGAAAAGUUCUUUUGUAAAUUACAAGAAGAGGGUUGUGAUGAAAAGUGUAAUAAUGAACAAAAUGCUUUUGUAAGUAAGGGUUGUAUUUUAGAGAUGCAUGUUAGGACAAAAAUUGAUUGAGGCUUUAAAAAAGGAGUUUGAUAUUUUUAUAGUGCAUAUUGUAAUACAAUUAUAUACAAAGUAUGCCUAGGCAAAUAUAAUCGUAUUUCUGUGUUCAUGUGGUCAUUUAAAAUGCCUUUGAACUUUUAUUUCAGUAUCAUUUAAAAGUUCCAAUGAUGUCGAUUUAAAGUAAAGUUAUUUUUUAAUAAAUACCUGAAAGGUUUUGUUGAAUUCUAUGGAUUUAUUGGAACAAUAUACAAAUAUAUUUUAAAAUUUUAUAAAGAUUUUAUGGUAAAAAAUUCAAAGAAAAUUUUAAAGUUGUUUAGUGUAUCCACCAUUUAAAUUAUACAACAUGCUGGAAGAAAUGUCUGUAUCACCAAUUUGUUUUGAAGACUGAAUCAGGCUACAAGUCUUGCACUUAUGGCCUUUAUAGAGUUCCGAAGUGUGACGUCAUCAAUUUUACUUUUUGCAUAUCAGCGUUUUUUAUACCAUAUUUUGGUAGAGCACGAUAAAACAAAACCCUCAACCAAAAUUUGGUGGGAAUCGGUCCAUAAGAUAUGACCUCAUGAAUACAUGAUUAUCCCCAUUGAAGUCAAUGUAUAAUUGGCCUGGUUCCUAACUUUUAGAACCAGGCCAACAAUACACUGACUUCAGUUGGGCUAAUUAUGUAUUCAUGAGGUCAUAUCUUCAGGCCCCAUGGACGGAUUCCCACCAAAUAUUGGUAGUGGGGGUUCUUCAUCAUGCUCUACCAAAAUAUGGUAUCAAAAACACUGAAAUUCUAAAAAAAAAGUUUUUUGUGACAUCAUCACUUCGGUACUCUAUACCAACGUAUUGCCUCAAUUUUAUUUC